UGAUAGGUUAUGUUAGAAUGAAUCCGUAUUUUGUUAAUUGUAGUAAGCAAAUAGACAAAGUUAAGAUAUUUGCUCUAGCUAAAAGGAUUGUUCAAGGUUGAAAGUAUUCUUGAGGCAUUGUUAGUUUUUGUUGAUUUAGCUUGAAUAGGAAGUUGUUCGCUUAAUUAGCGACCUAAUGACUUUUAUCGGGUCGUACCAUGUUUUGGGUACUUAUCUGUCUUCAACUUUCCAUUAAGUUGGUAAACUUACAAGUCUCUGUUUAUAUAGUUUCCUUUAGAUGUCGUACGUUAAUUGUCGGUAUCAUUAGCACAACACGUAGGAUCGCCCACACUCAAGUAGGAGGUGCUUAGCUCUACUGCAGUGUUGGCAAUCUGAUUAACUAUGCUAAUCUAAGUCAGCAAACAUCACACCUACGCUACUUGAGCGACCACUUCUUUCCCCUUCCAUUCAAUAACUUUCGAUUACAAGUUACAUAUUUGUUCCUCCAAAGUUACCUUAUGACCUUUCCUACCGACUCCCUUAGUUUCAUAGCAAAGGACAUUCGUUUUGUAUCCUUAAAUUCUUUUCAAAGCUUUCCUUUGUUAUCGCUAAUUUUGCCGACAGUUAAUGAUAUCUGAUGUAACUGUUUACAUUGUCAAGUACCGUCCAAUCACAGCACUCUGCACACGUGGUCAGUGCUUGUCAAUCAAACGUACUACUUGUUUUACUACAAAUAGGACCGCAUUGUAAUUCCUCAUCAUCUCUUCAUACCACUGACUCAGAAUAAAGGUACGACUCCGGUCUACAGAAGUCCUCCCGUCUAAUCAUUACAUUGGUGAAGAACCCUCGAUUCUGCAAAAGAAAAAAAAAAGUAAGUCAUUGGGUGACGGGACCAGUGGGGAGCCUAACCCCAUUCUUUUCCCCACCUGAAUUGGCACUAUUUAUAGGCAGCACACGUCUUUGGGAAUGAUCUCAGUGACUAGCAGUUGUGUUGUUUGCUAUUACUAUGUAGUUGUAAUUGACUUCUAGCUAUUCAUACCUAUAGUAUGUUAUUUUCUCGUAUGUGCGAAAUUGUGUCAUGUUCUUCUCACAAUCGUAACUUACGUAGCUCUUUCUCAUCUGUUUCAAAUGUUUGUAGUCACUCGCAAUUGACUUGGUGACCUUACUGUCCAGUACGAUUUGUUUUUCGUUUUGCUUAUCCUAUACGUAGCGAUACGCUACUUAUUCCAUAGUCACCGUGUCGGCCAAAGUUAAAAAACCUCCGCGCUCGUCGGUCCCACCCUCUAGCAUUCAGACUCGAUCGCAAACCAUGGCGGCAAGGAAUCCUGAAUCGCCCGAAUCUACACCUAGGCGUAUUGAGACUAUUGAAACCCCUAGGACCCCACACCAUCAGGCUCCGGAUGUCUCACCCGAAGUGUUACGAAGCUUAAUUUCCUCUUUUGACCAUCUGAGAAAUGCUGUAGAGUACAAGCAUUUACAGCAACAAAAUAGCUUAGCGGCUCUAGAAACGACAGUAGAGGAAAGCGGCGACCUUUUGGGACUCUGCGCAGGAAUGAAGCCCCCUACCUUUAGCGGGGAUGGCAUAGAAGAUGUAAAUGAUUUCAUCACCCGUUUUCAACGGAUGACUGAAUUUUAUCGCUGGGACGAUGAAAGAAAGUUACGGGCCCUUCCCCUUUACCUUACGGGAAACGCCAGCGUUUGGUUCAACAGCCACCCUAGGGCAGCGUUGAACACUUGGGACGCAGCUCUCGCACAAUUAAAAAAUCACUUUGAUUCUGGGGCAAGCCAGUGGCUCUUGCGCCAGCAAUUGGACCAAAGGGUCCAAGGAAAGUUUGAACCCCUUGCACAGUACACCGCUGAUAUCCGCCGUUUAUGUCAGCGGCUCAAAUUGCCAAAAAGCGAGUGGUUGCACCAAUUUGUGCGCGGCCUGCGGAGACCACUCAAAGAGUACGUGGUACUCCAAUCCCCGGCGGAUUUUGAGACGGCUGAAACACCGGCUCGCCUGCGCGAUGCUGUGUCCGGCCCUCCAACAGAUUCGGCUACUGUUUCGGAUGAGCUUACAAAACGGGUUAUCAACGGUGUAACCGGGGCUUUAGCUAAGACAAUCCCCUCAUCUAACCCUUCUAAGAUUGCUGCUUACGAACCCACCCCCGACCCCAGCCGCCCGCCCCAUCGGCCUGGAGCCGAUAACCUGACCAGGGAUGACAUUAGACAAAUCAUUCAGCAGGAAUUACGCAAAGAGCUCCGCAGAUCGAAUCCCCCAAACCAAAAUUACGAUCGUAAUCGUCGUACUUAUACAGGGAUCCCCAUAUGUAGCCAGUGUAACACUAGAGGCCAUACGGCUUAUUCAUGUCGCGCCCGGGAUUCCCGUAUUCCCAACCCGCGCAACCAGAACCCCACUUAUCGCCCCUCCUUCCAGAGGCCACAAUGGCAAAAUAAUGGGCCCCCCAGACGUCUCAACCAGGGAAACUGAUAGCGGCUCCUGGUUAUCGGGAACUACUAGGGGCCCUGGAUUUUAAUGACAAUCACAACUACACAAACGACAAUCAAAGCGCGCGUACAAUUAACAAAGAUAACUUUCAGCAACACACACUACCAGCCAAUGACGCCACCCUUGACGCCAACAUGGACGACUUACAUUUUUACACACCAACUAAUGAACAUUUUCAGCUGGACGAAUCAGUCUUCCCGAACAAUGAUUCGCCCGACACCAGAGACCAGACCGUGGAGAGUUUUGAAAUUAAUAAUAACGAUUUUUCUUUACAAGAGAGUGCACAAAGCAAUCCAAAUUUGGAUACUAAUGAUCGGCUCAGACCAGUACGUCGCACAAUUUUUUCUGAUGAGGUUAUACAGGUCGAAGAAAGACCGCCUCGUACAUGUUUUCCACCCACAGAGGUGAUGUUUAAUUUUGAAGAGGGAACAACUCCCCAAGUAUUGGCUGAAGGCCACAGUAUAUGCGACGAAACGUUUAAUGACAAUCAUCAAUCAAUCCUAGAUAUGGAUUUUGGAAUGGAUAACAGCAUUCUACAGCAGCCAAUGAGUCCCAGUCCAGAUGAGACUGAUGAAAAUUUACCAGAAAUCAAUACGAUUAUUAAUACUUCAGAUUCAAAUUCCGGCAAUCAAAAUAAUGGCACGGAUGUUACGAUCAAUGUUCCAUUUCUUACAACGGACAAUUUAAUGCUUCACGGUCAAAUCUCUGGUCACAACGUCGACCUUUUGGUAGAUACUGGCGCCGCGAUAAGCUGCAUCAGCUCGUCUACCUGGCGACGGCUAAACACAACAAACAAUUUACAGCUGCGCGACCCCAGUUCAGCAGCGCUUCAGACGGUAGGCGGUCAUAGCUUAACAAUACUAGGCAUAUUUACAGCAGAUUUAUCACUAGGCAACAGGGUAUUCACCCUAGAUUUAUUGGUAAUUAAGAACCUCACUUACGAUGCUAUCUUGGGAAAAGAUUUCUUAAUGCAGCAUAACGCGCAGAUAGACUUAGCGUCACGCUCCUUGAACCUAAGACCACCUUCUCAAUGCCCAUUUAAUGAAUUCCCUUCAUUAGAUUCACGCGUUACUCAGCCUGCGACGGUAUACGCACACCGGGUCCUCGUCAUUCCGUCAUUUUCCAAGUUUAGUGCACCCGUUCAUAUUGAUAAUCGCAAGCUCACUCAAGAACAGCCUCCGCUCACUAUACCAUCACAAAACAUACACAUUAAUUAUAACAUUACAAGAGCGCAAGUAUUGGCUUCUGUCAAACUAAUCAAUCCAGGCUCACAACCAGCCACCAUCCACGAGCGCACAACUCUAGGGACAGACGUUCCCUUCCGGGUAAUCAACCAAAGCGGGCAGUUUCCGUUUGACCCAGGAAUUAUUUGUAAAAACAUCAUUAAAACCCAAGAAAAACGUUUGGACCAUCAGUAAACGGCAAGGUUGUUUACUUGAUAAAAACGGUGGACAGUAUGGCUACGAAGUUAAAUCGAGUGACCGAGGACAUGAAAAUUGUCAAGGAUACAUUUGUCCGAUGGCGGCUAACCUUUCGGGAGUUUGCUAAAAAGGACAAUUGCAACAAAAACAUGCAAAUGGAGUUUUUAUCGAAGUACGCCAUGGAAAUUAACACUGCAUUUGCCACAAUCCUGCGCUUGUCGGAAAUUCGUGAUACAGUCGCACAAUUUUCUAGGAUAACCAGUAAAACACUUGUGGGAUACGAUUCACUUCCGCCCUAUAUAAAUCGUCAAGUGGCGGACAGAUUGGAAACGGAUCCCUCCCUUAUAGUUACAAAACAAUUGUUAGAUGAAGGCGUUCCACUUCUUAUGGAACCUAUGGUGGAUUUUACGCUUUCAGACGAAGGCAAAAAGCUCUCUGUAUCCCAAAGCAAGCUAGAAGCCACUAUGCUUUUCACACUACCAGUUGUUACUUCGGUACAACACAUGUGUACUAUAGAAAACCUUACCCCCUUAAAAUUUAACGUAUCCAAUACUUGUUUCACCGGCCCAGUUCUUCAGCGUAAUCUACUACUAAUCACAUGUAAAAACAAUCAAAUGCUGGUCACUGAUGCCAUUCUAUCAAAGUGUAUGACAAACAAUGAGUUUGUUCUGUGCCCCACUAACCUUCUUAAUGUCGUUCAAAAUCCAAACUGGUUGGGGUUCCCUUGGUCUCCAUACUCUCACAUGGCUUAUCCACGACACCACAUAACGUCAAAGAACUGUGACGGCCUGAAGGAAAUUCACCACAUCGGCGGACGUUACUUCUUGUCUGCAACCUCCGGGACGUUGACCACAAACAAUGGUCCCAUGCGUGUGACACCUCUGGCGGUAUUUCAUUUACCCUGCAACGUAUCCUUCGAGAGCGCUACGUCCGGUAUCGGCGAAUGCCCACAGCGUAUGGAAAUCGAAUUACCGAUUUUUGGAGAGACACAUCUCCAAUAUACCUCUUGGAAGUCGGUAAUGGACGAUAAACAAUUAGAUCUUCACUUCCGUACGCUUAUCAUUCCGCCGGUCACCGUCAUGAAUCACUCCAUUCUUCGUGGGCUAGACGAGACGUACCGAGUGCUCGAUCGACAAUUCACGGCACAGAUAGACAAACUCCACGACGACAUCGAUGCCAUCAGUGAGGUUGAGGUCAACACAAUCAAUGAGAUCCUACUAUACACUUCAGUAGCUGUCUCACUGCUGAACCUCGUCCUUCUUGUGGCAUACGCUUGUUAUCAUCAUGGUGUUUUCGAGCGCCUCAAGCAUCAGCGCCGCACGCCCCCCAAACGCUCUUUACCUCCACACGAACCUCACUUUGAGUUGGUACCGCCACUCAAGAAACCACGCUGCGAGUCACAGGAGGACGACGAGGAGGAGCAUGACCUCGAGCAUCCGUCCGUCGUUGACGACACAGAGCUAGUACACCCCACGGAACCUCUCAGAGCAACUUACGCUUAACCAGCCACUUAAACACCUCCACCCGGAUGAACUGAGUUCAUGCGGCGAGAUCGCAUGAAUUCAGACUAGGAAAAGGACACUCUCUCGCUCUGUUAUUUACGGCCUCCAAUUCAACUAAGCCAAAGGGGACUACUUUCUAUUUACUUAUUACUUUCUGUUGCUCGGAUACAAGAUUCGUCAGCGACAAUAUUCGUUUACCUUUCAACUUGGUAAAUAUUCCAUGUUAUAAAAAGUGUUUAAAUCACACUGUAAAAUUCAUUCUUAAUUUUUUUUUCCAACAGAAAGUCAUUUUCUAGUUCUCUUUGGUGCAUUUGGAGUUAUUUAGCUUGCCGUAGCAGUCAAAAGCACUCACGCUUUAUUAUAAUCAUAUUCAAAUUAGGAUAUAUUUACUCAGGGAUUUCAAAAACAAAACAAACAAAAAAAUUAUAUAAACAUUGAUUUUCAAAUUAUCUUUUAUCGGACAUCUUCCUUAGUUUAGCAUGCAUCAUUUACAUGAUAUAUCAAAUUUUCAAGCGGGGACGCUUGCCUUCAAAGGGGGAGGCCAUGUUAUGAUAGGUUAUGUUAGAAUGAAUCCGUAUUUUGUUAAUUGUAGUAAGCAAAUAGACAAAGUUAAGAUAUUUGCUCUAGCUAAAAGGAUUGUUCAAGGUUGAAAGUAUUCUUGAGGCAUUGUUAGUUUUUGUUGAUUUAGCUUGAAUAGGAAGUUGUUCGCUUAAUUAGCGACCUAAUGACUUUUAUCGGGUCGUACCAUGUUUUGGGUACUUAUCUGUCUUCAACUUUCCAUUAAGUUGGUAAACUUACAAGUAUCUGUUUAUAUAGUUUCCUUUAGAUGUCGUACGUUAAUUGUCGGUAUCAUUAGCACAACACGUAGGAUCGCCCACACUCAAGUAGGAGGUGCUUAGCUCUACUGCAGUGUUGGCAAUCUGAUUAACUAUGCUAAUCUAAGUCAGCAAACAUCACACCUACGCUACUUGAGCGACCACUUCUUUCCCCUUCCAUUCAAUAACUUUCGAUUACAAGUUACAUAUUUGUUCCUCCAAAGUUACCUUAUGACCUUUCCUACCGACUCCCUUAGUUUCAUAGCAAAGGACAUUCGUUUUGUAUCCUUAAAUUCUUUUCAAAGCUUUCCUUUGUUAUCGCUAAUUUUGCCGACAGUUAAUGAUAUCUGAUGUAACUGUUUACAUUGUCAAGUACCGUCCAAUCACAGCACUCUGCACACGUGGUCAGUGCUUGUCAAUCAAACGUACUACUUGUUUUACUACAAAUAGGACCGCAUUGUAAUUCCUCAUCAUCUCUUCAUACCACUGACUCAGAAUAAAGGUACGACUCCGGUCUA